UCUCUCUCUCUCUCUCUCUCUCUCUCUCUCUCGCUGUGUGUUCAAUAUGGGGAGACAGCCGUGCUGUGAUAAGAUUGGAUUGAAGAGAGGUCCAUGGUCGAUGGAGGAAGAUCAGAAGCUCAUCAACUUCAUCAUCAACAAUGGGGUACAUUGUUGGCGUCUUGUUCCAAAACUUGCUGGUUUGAUGAGAUGUGGGAAGAGCUGCAGGCUAAGAUGGACAAAUUACCUUCGGCCUGAUCUUAAGAGAGGAGCACUCUCAGAGGAUGAAGAGAAUCAAAUCAUCCAACUCCAUUCUCACCUCGGUAACAGGUGGUCCAAGAUAGCUUCUUAUUUCCCAGGCCGCACCGAUAAUGAAAUCAAGAACCAUUGGAACACUCGAAUCAAGAAGAAAUUGAAGCUCCUUGGAUUGGACCCUGUGACCCACAAGCCUCUCCAACAGCCUGCCAAAUGUGACAGCUUAAGGAGUGACUCUGCUUCAGAAUCUUAUCCCUCCCAGAUCCAAGAAAAGAGCAUAGAGAUUAUGGACUUGGUUUCUAGUAACCAAGAAGAACUUCUGGUGAAAAAUGAAGAACAAAAGGAGGUCCAAUUUGACUCCAAUGACACUGAAGUUCUUUUGCAUGGGAAUGUGGUGCCAUGGGAAAACUUGGAUAUUGAAGAGAUGAAGCCUCGGCCCGACCCUUCGAGCAGCUCCAGCGCCUCAUUCUCCAUAGAUGACACUCUCUACCCUUCUGCGCAAAGAGAAUCUAGUCUUGAGGGCUCCAACCAAUGUUGGUUUGAUACUACUGACUCUUUUCCUUCAUGGGAAGCAUUGUAUCCUCUUGAAGAUAUCUUUCCAUUUGGGAAAUUCCCAUAAUUCCCAUCAUUUUUUUCAUGUAAGAGUCACUGUCAGGCUUGUAAUUAGUCAAUAAAAGGGAACAAGAGGAAAAGGAAAAUAAUAGAGAGACAUAUUUCAAUGAAAAUUCUGCUAUAUCUUGUAACAUGAAGAGUCUCAAA